CCGCCGCCGCCGCGGACUCGGGCCCUUCUCGCCGGAGUCCCCCAACUUUCGCUUUUUCUUUUCCCCCGUCCGCUGCAUCGGAUCACCGGCGUGCCCCACCAUGUCAGACGCAGCCGUGGACACCAGCUCCGAAAUCACCACCAAGGACCUGAAGGAGAAGAAGGAAGUGGUGGAGGAGGCGGAGAACGGGAGAGACGCCCCCGCGAACGGCAACGCUAACGAGGAAAAUGGGGAGCAGGAGGCCGACAACGAGGUAGAUGAAGAGGAGGAGGAGGGCGGAGAGGAAGAGGAGGAGGAGGAGGAAGGCGACGGUGAGGAAGAGGAUGGAGACGAGGAUGAGGAGGCCGAGGCCGCUGCGGUGAAGCGGGCAGCUGAGGACGACGAGGACGACGACGUGGACACCAAGAAGCAGAAGACCGACGAGGAUGACUAAACAGCAAAAAAGGGAGAAAAAAGUCCAGCUUAAAAAAAAAUCAAGGCCACCGUGACCUGUCCACCCUCCACUUCCCGUCUCAGAAUCUAAACGUGGUCACCUUCGAGUAGAGAGUCCCCCGCGCCGGGCAGCGCCACCAAGCCCCCCGCUCACCCCACCCAAACACACCGCGAAUUCGCCACCGGGGAGGAAAAAACCAAAACUUGCAAAGGCCCUGCUUUUUUUCUUAAAAGUACUUUAAAAAGGAAAAUUUGUUUGUAUUUUUUAUUUACAUUUUAUAUUUUUGUACAUAUUGUUAGGGGUCAGCCAUUUUUACUGAUCACGGAUGACCAAGCCAGCCUUUUUCGGAGCCCUCCGUCCUGCUCCGGCUUUACUUGUGGUGUGACCAUGUUCAUUAUAAUCUCAAAGGAGAAAAAAAACCUUGUAAAAAAAGCAAAAACAAAACAAACAAAAAAAACAAUCUUAUUCCGAGCAUUCCAGUAACUUUUUUUGUGUAUGUACUUAGCUGUACUAUAAGUAGUUGGUUUGUAUGAGAUGGUUAAAAAAGGCCAAAGAUAAGAGGUUUCUUUUUUCCUUUUUUUUUUUUGUCUAUGAAGUUGCUGUUUAUUUUUUUUUCUUUUUGGCCUGUUUGAUGUAUGUGUGAAAAAAACAUGUUGUCCAACAAUAAACAGGAAUUUUAUUUUGCUGAGUUGUUCUAACAAA